AUGAAAAAUAUAGUAAUCCAAUUCUAUGAUAAAAAUGAACAAUUCGAAACCUUUUGUGAUUCUAAAACCACUUCAAUGACAUUGGCAAGUUUCAUCCAAGACGCUAGUUACUAUGAUCAAUUUAACAUGAGUGAAAUAUUUUAUUUCAAGAUCAAAGACACUGACUAUUACUUUGCUCAAAGGAACACACCUAUCUACAAAUAUAUAAGCAAUAUUGAUAACCCAACUCUAAUCUUUUAUCGAGGUUUAAACGGUUAAUAGAAUUUGAAGUCCUGCAAAAAAAUUGAAGAUUCCAAGAACUAAGCUGAUAAUAUAAAUUUCCAGCAGUAAAAAGAUAUUUUAAAGGGAUAUGGGUUAUAUAAUACAUUCUAUUAAAAUCAGCCUGAAUAAACCUCCUAAGCAAAAUCUCAAUAAUCUAAAUAAGGUAAAAUUAUCAUAUCUGAAAUUCCCACUAAUGAUAAUUCUAACUAAUCAGUAAAUCAAUGUAAGAAUAAGAAUUCUCAAAGUGUAAGAUUAAAUGAAUUAAGUUUAAAUGCGGCUAACUCAGCUUAUCGUGAAGCAUAAAACUCUAUUUAACUCUAAAGAGUCGAAGAGAAAUCAAAUAGCCUUUUCGUUAACUCCAUUCAGUAGUAUUCUGGAAAAGUCAAUUAAGAAAUAAAUGUUUAUGAUCAACAUCUCAGAAAAACCUUUAUAAAAGAAUCUUAAAUGCCAUCAAAUUAACAAAAAUAUAUACAAUCAAGCAAUUAAUAAAAGUAGUCUCCACAGAAAUUUGGAUUACUGUAAAAAUAAUUACAAGAUAAAAAAAAAAGUUAGAAGAAAGAUAAAUGGUUAAUAAGUGUUGAUGCAAGUGGAGAAUAGCUUUAAAGCCUUGUAAAUUUUCUGAAAACUAACAAUAUUCAAUAUACUUGCGAUAAGCAAUAUAGCUGA